AUGCGAUGCCUUAGUCUAAUAUUCAGUCGCUCUUUGGGUAAUCUAGCCAUAGACUAUUCAUAUUUGAAACAGGUUCAUGGAGUGUAUUGCAACGUUGUAACUCCAAAAACACCUGCUAUAUCAAUUGAGGAGUCUGAUAAUAAAUUAACAAAUGAAUAUAGCCUAGAAUUGCCAUUAGAAUAUAGAACCAACAUUUAUAAAACUAAAAAUUUAAAUUAUAAUCCUAUUAAUGCUGCUGCUGCAAAACUUAGAGGAAUACCUUCCCUAAUUCAUAGAAUUAGGUAUCAAGAGAAACUAUUUGCAAAGGAAGCAAAUGUGUAUUCCUGUGAUUACUUUUCUUUGACUUACUUUCCACCUAAUCAUUUUCUGUCACUAUUCAGAAAAUCGAAACCUUCCAUUUGUGUAUUACCAUUAAUGAAGCAACCUUUUAAUGGUGAAAUAGUACCCAAGGAUAUAACGAAUGACAAAACUUUAACUGAUGAAUUCUAUAAAAACUUUGAAAAACAAUAUCAGGCUAUAUUGAAGAAAUAUCCAUCGAUUAUACCAAAAGAUUAUGCAUUUAUUAGAAGGAACAUUCAGGUGAUGACGAAACGUACUUUUAUUGAACAAUGGUCAAAACUUAGUGGUGACAAAGCUAUCAGUGAACUAAUUGAAUAUGGUUCAGAAAGUUCUAAGGAAAAGUCGAUUUUUACUUAUAUAGAUGGUGAUGGGAACUCCUUAAAAGGUGUAGCUAAAGAUGGAUAUUAUCAUUAUCAAAUAUUCAAAUAUCCUAGCCCUAAUGAGCAUGAGCUAUUCAGGGAUAAUAUUAAACGUAGUGUUGAUGUAGUUGCAAAGUUAGUAUCAAUAGAUAACAAAAAAGAAGACAAAAAUCAGAAGAAAAUUGAUUGGGUAACCAGAGAUAAUGAUAGGAUAUCUUUAAAGAAAAUAAAUUCAUUGCUUCGACAGCAUGAUCUACCUUUACUGAUAAGAAAUAAAGAGAAACCAUGA